CACCGGAACAACCCGGAAGAAGAAGCUAGUGCAAAAUGUGAUAACACCGCGAGACAGAGGUCAGAAUUUCUCUCUCACAACCAUCUUGGAUAUAGAAUCCUGACUCGACACAAGCAUGCCUGGCGAAGCCACAGAGACGGUCCCAGUCACUGAGCAGGAGAUGCAACAGCCGCAAGUUGAGACUGCUGCACCCUCUGCCCCUGCAAGUCUGGCUACUUCACAGAAACCUCUGACUGCUUCUGGCCCUGCCAAGCCCAAAAGCAAAGAGGCCAAGGGUGGCUCUGCCCCAAAGGCUGUCCCUGGCAGAAGAAAACGCUCUUCUAUGUCUGCCUCCUCUGCUUCUCCUACCUCCUCCACACCCCAUUCCCCCCUAGCUAACUCACCCGGGGCUUCUGGAACUCCCAGCCAGGGCAGUCGUGCCGCACCCAAGGUUGUGAAGGUUGGCAAACAAAGAAAGGCUAAAAAAGAGUAUUUUAAGCCUGCUGCUGACCUGCCAGCCCCAGCAGAGGCUCCUGCCCCCACAGAGGCCAAACCUCUUCCUAUGGAGCCUAAAGCUGCUCCUGCACCAGUAGUGGCCACGCCAGUAACUGUUGCUCCAGAGCCUGCCUCUCCCAAACCUGUGGCGUCCCCUGUGUCCUUCAAAGUGACCUCAAAGCCUGCUGCACCAGCCCCUGUGUCAUUUGCUGCCGCUAUUGCCUCUCCCCCUAGAGCUGCCUCUGAAAUGCCCAUGGCCAAGCCAGAGCGUCUGCUUAAAGCUGAGGUGAAAGUGGUCAAUGCAGCACCUGCCCUGGAGGAUGACGAUGACCUUCCCCCUCUAAUUCCACCAGAGGAGCCAGUAAAUAUGCCAGUCUUCUCACCCCCUACAGUAGUAGGGACUCCUAAGCCUGCCCCAGUUGCUUCUCCAGCUCCCCAUAAGCCAGCUCCUGUUGAGCCCGUUGUAGUGGUGUCAGCUCCUUUUAAGGCUGUUGUGGCUACACCAGCUCCCCUAAAGCCGCCUCCAGUUGUUGCUACAACAGCUCCCUCUAAGUCAGUUCCAGUUAAGCCCAUUGUUGCUACACCAGCUCCCCUUAAGUCUGCUCCAGUUGUAGCUGCUCCGGCUCCUGUUAAGCCAGUUCCAGUUAAGCCCAUUGUUGCUACAUCAGUUCCCCUUAAGCCUGCUCCAGUUGUAGCUGCACCAGCUCCCCCUAAGCCAGUUCCAGUUAAGCCCAUUGUUGCUACACCAGCUACCCCUAAGCCUGCUCCAGUUUUAGCUGCACCAGCUCCCCCUAAGCCAGUUCCAGUUAAGCCCAUUGUUGCUACACCAGCUACCCGUAAGCCUGCUCCCCCUAAACCAGUUCCAGUUAAGCCCAUUGUUGCUACACCAGCUACCCCUAAGCCUGCUCCAGUUGUAGCUGCACCAGCUCCCCCUAAGCCAGUUCCAGUUAAGCCCAUUGUUGCUACACCAGCUCCCCCUAAGCCUGCUCCAAUUGUACCUGCGCCGGCUCCUGUUAAGCCUGUUGUGGCUACAAUAGCGCCCCCUAAGCCAGUUCCAGUUAAGCCCGUUGUGGCUACACCAGCUCCCCUUAAGCCUGCUCCAGUUGUAGCUGCAUUAGCUUCCAUCAAGGCGUCUCCGGUUGUAGCUUCGCCAGCUCCCGUUGAGCCAGUUAUAGCUGCACCACCUUCCGUCAAGGCCUCUCCGGUUGUAGCUUCGCCAGCUCCCGUUGAGCCAGUUAUAGCUGCACCAGCUUCCGUCAAGACCGUUCCCGUUGUAGCUGCUCCAACUCCUAUUGAGGCCUCUCCGGUUGUACCAGCACCCGCUAAGCCAGCUCUUGUUGAGCCCGUUGUAGCUACACCAGCUUCCGUCAAGGCCGCUCCCGUUGUAGCUGGACCAGCUCCCCUUAAGCCUGCUUCCUAUGCAGCCGUGGUAGCUGCACCAGCUCCCCUUAAGCCUGUUCCCAUCGAGCAUGUUGUAGCUUCCCCAGCUCCCCCUAAGCCUGUUGAAGUAGCCGUUGUACCAGCACCUGUUUCAAACCCUGCCCCCACCCCUGCUAAACCCCCUACCAAACCGGAGCCUGUGAUCAAGAAUGACAAGGGGUCUGGCACUGAAUCAGACAGUGAUGAGUCUGUACCAGAUCUGGAGGAACACGACUCUGCACAGACACAGCAAGCGCAGCUUGCAGCUGCUGCAGAAAUAGAUGAAGAACCCGUUAGCAAAGCCAAACAGAGCCGUAGUGAAAAGAAGGCACGAAAGGCAAUGUCUAAGCUGGGUCUCAGGCAGGUGACGGGGGUCACCAGGGUUACCAUUCGCAAGUCUAAAAAUAUCCUUUUCGUUAUCACCAAACCAGAUGUCUACAAGAGCCCUGCGUCAGACACGUACAUUGUCUUUGGUGAGGCUAAGAUCGAGGAUCUUUCACAACAAGCCCAGCUUGCCGCGGCAGAGAAGUUCAAGGUACAGGGAGAAGCCGUGUCGAACGUCCAGGAAAACACACAGACUCCCACUGUACAAGAGGAGAGCGAAGAGGAAGAGGUUGACGAGACAGGGGUUGAGGUGAAGGACAUUGAACUCGUGAUGUCACAAGCCAACGUGUCGCGAGCGAAGGCUGUACGCGCCCUUAAAAACAACAACAAUGAUAUUGUCAAUGCUAUUAUGGAAUUGACGAUGUAGGCUGCUGGUCGAAGGGGGUUCUGAAAUUUUGCUGGUUUAAUCUACUAUUGUUUGUACAAUUUAUACCCGAGAUGGAAAUAAAGUUGUGGCUUGGUAAAUUGAA